AGCUGACCUCCACCUCUACCCCUGGCCUCUGCCUCCAGGCACCUGUCCUGUGGGUCCUCGGAGGAGCCAUGGACCCCAGAGGAAAACCAAAAUGCCACUCGCUUCGUCCUGUCACGUUUUUCCUGAUCACGCUCGUCUUGGUCUUCUUUGGCGCCGGUUUCCUGAGCCCGAGAAGCCCGAUGCUGGGGAGCAGGCGAGCAGAGGCAGGCAAGGCUGGAAGGGAGCCAGACAGCCUGCAAGUUGUGAAACUAUCGAGGAUGCUGUAUCCCCAGCCCAAGGUGCUCAUUCCCUCUAGGAAAGACGUCCUUGUCCUGACCCCUUGGCUGGCCCCCAUCAUCUGGGAGGGGACCUUCAACAUUGACAUCCUGAACGAGCAGUUUCGGCUCCAGAAUGCCACCAUCGGACUGACCGUGUUUGCCAUCAAAAAAUACGUGGUCUUCCUGAAGCUGUUCCUGGAGACGGCGGAGAAGCACUUCAUGGUGGGACACAGGGUCAACUACUACGUCUUCACCGACCGGCCGGCCGACGUGCCUCACGUGCCCCUCCGGGGAGGCCGGCAGAUGGUGGUCCUCGAGGUCCCCGCCUCCGCGCGCUGGCAGGACGUGUCCAUGCGCCGCAUGGAGAUGAUCAGCAGCUUCUGCGAGCAGCGCUUCCUCCGCGAGGUGGACUUCCUCGUGUGCGCGGACGUGGACAUGAAGUUCCGCGACCACGUGGGCGUGGAGAUCCUGUCCCCGCUCUUCGGCACCCUGCACCCCGGCUUCUACGGCGCCAGCCGCGAGGCCUUCACCUACGAGCGCCGGCCGCAGUCGCAGGCGCACAUCCCCCGGGACCAGGGCGACUUUUACUACAUGGGGGCCUUCUUUGGGGGGUCGGUGUCCGAGGUUUACCGGCUCACCAAGGCCUGUCACCAGGCGAUGGUGGCCGACUGGGCCAAUGGCAUUGAGGCCGUGUGGCACGACGAGAGCCACCUGAACAGGUACCUGCUGGACCACAAGCCCACAAAGGUGCUGUCUCCGGAGUACAUGUGGGACGAGCAGCUGCUGGGCUGGCCCGCCGUCCUGAGGAAGCUGAGAUACGUGGCCGUGCCCAAGAAUCACCGCGCCAUCCGGAACCGAUGAGGGGCUGCGAGGAGGGCGUGGGAGGCCGCCCGUCUCCCCCCUGGGGGGCCGCCCUCAUCGGAACCUUUAUCGCAGACCCGGAAACUCCACUGCUUUUCAGUCCUGUUGAGGUAAAUUGUUGAGGCCUAGCACCGCCCCUUCCCGGUACAGGCCGGCCCAGCGCUACACCCCUGCCACACACACACACACACACACACACACUCGCACACACUCACACACACUCACACAAACACACACGCGGCCUCAGGCACACAAGUUCUUGGAGCAGCUGGCCCACCUUCAGCUGCCCACUGGGUGCUCCUAAGGUCCUUCAGCGCCCCUGACACAGGUGGUCUCAGCCCUUUGUGACAAACGAGAUCAGAGAGGAUGUCUCUUCCAGAGCAGGAAGGAGGCCCCAGCACGCUGGGUCACACAGGCCUGGGGGGGCCCACAGCUCCAGCUUUAGGCCAAAUUCCUUCCUUUUCUGGAGUCCUGGGCUUAGAUGAAAGGUCCCUUGGGCACGCACGCAGGGGAUGAAGGUGAGGCUAUUUCAGGACCCUCCCGGCUGGCGCCUGGCUCCCCCACCAGCCCAGGGCACAGCCCACUGCCCACCGGGAGCUGAGCAGUCCCCUUCGCCCGUCACCUCAGGCCCCUCUCAUUUUACUCAGGAGCUGCCGGUUCCCUGUUCCUGAGAACAGAAUAUUUCUAGAUGAUAAUAGGAACUUGCUGACUGUCAUAAAAACCUGUCUCCUUUACUUCAAAAUGAUUUCUGUGCCCCUCAGCCAGGCCCUUGCGUGGCCUGAAAUGCUGCUUUCCCCUCUCAGGAGACAGAGGGAAGUCACACAUUGCACAGUUAUUUCUCUUCUGUGGUUGGUAAAUACUCAUAAUUUCUGAGUCCUUUGCCGCUGUAAGAGGCCUGGGUUCUCUGUCAGAUAUUCUCCCGUGUCAAUGCUGAGCAACUGUUUUUAUGUAAGAACAAUUCAGGAAAAAGGUUUUCUCCUUUAUUCACAAUGAGCACAGCCUGGUGGGGCUGGGAGAGGCUCUAGAGCCAGAACAGGCCCUGUGCCAGGUCCUCCCCUCCCAGUCCAGCUCCACCCUGUGGCCAUGAGGGUCAAGGGUGUGCGUCUCAAGCCUUUCAGCUUCCUGAGCCAGAAGCCUGGCCGUGACCCCUCAGCGAAGGAUCUGGGUCAUUUCUGGUUUUAAAUGGGUAUUUCUGUGGUGGCUUUUGUCUGGAUGUGCGUCCCGCUGGGAUUCCUCGGUGCUCACUGACGAAUUUGCGCUCCUGCACUCUCUUUGGAACUGUCUGCCUUCAGGCACCCAACUUGGGGCAGAGCAUGAGGGGGUGAAAAAAUAUGCGCGACCCUGCUCCCGGCCCUCCUCGGAUGGGGCGAUGGCUCCUUCCUCCUGAGUCACUUCUUUCUUAUUGUGAUCAAAUAUACAGAACAUCCACCAUCUCAAUCGUGUCCAAGUGUGCGGGUCGGGGGCAUUAAGUACAUUCUCUGUGGGGCAGCCGUCUCCUCCAUUGUCUCUAGAGCUUCCUCGUCUCCUCCCACUAGCCAGUCCCUCCGCAGCCCCGUCCUGCAGAGCCUGGCCCUCGGUUCUGCUUCCUGUCUGUGACUCUGGCUGCUCUCGGCCCCUCAUGUAAGUGGGGCCGUCCAGCACUUGUCCCUUAGGGACUUGCUUCCUUCAGCAGCACCGUGGUCUCAAGGGCCGUCCACAGCAGCCUGGAGCCUGCGCCCCUUUUCGCCCCAAGGGAGUCGCUCCGUCCCUCUCUUGGCUCUCCUGUCUACCCUGUGCCUCCUCAGUCCCCUUUGGUCUCUCCUCCUCAUCUGCCCCCCUCGGCCUCCGCCAGUGCCACCUGUCCCCUCCAGACGCACAUACCUGGGGGCCGCGGGCCCCACCUGCCCAUGUCAGGUCCCUGCUCUCCACCCCACCCUGCCUAGCCACCUGCUCCUCCCACAGAUGUCCUCAUCUCAGGAGAGGGAAGCCCCAGGCCCAGAGCCUGGGGGUCAUCUGUGACUUCUCGCUUGCCGCCACCUCCAAACUGUCCACAGAUCCUGCCGGCUGUCCUCCCUCCAACUGUUUAUGGUCACCGUCCACUUCUACCGGCCUGAUCCCGGCCGCAGUCCUCUUGGCCUGGACUGUAGGAAUAGCCUUCCACCUGGUCGUCCUGCUUCCACCCUGAGCCCUCCAGUCCCCAGUCCCCUCAGUAGCCAGACAGAUCCCAACAGUGGUCCACAGAGUCACUCCUCUGCUGGGGCCCUGGGGGGCUCCCAUCCCACCCGGAGUCAGCGUGUCUCCAGGGGCUUCCACCUCCACUGCGUACCGGUUCACACUCGAGGUCAGACCCAGGUGGUACCAGACCUCAAACUUACAGUUUGGGGGCCCUUCAAGGAAAAGAAUAAACACUUAGGUACCACGGGAAUAUUUAGAAUGAGAAAGGAAGUUGCACCAUCUGCCUCCCACUAGGAGCCUCCCAGCUAUACUGGGCCCCUUGCUUUUCCCCAAACCCCAAGCCUUCAGAUGAUCUCUACAGGGGGCCUCCCCCCAGAGGGUUGUAGUCCUUCCUCCCCCACUCCUUCAGAUCUGUGCUCAUGUGGCCACUCGUCAGAGUGUCCUUCCCUGGCCACCUAACCUACAAUAGCAACCCCAGCCUGCCUGUGCCACUCCUUCAUCGUCACACCAGCCCCUGAGCCCCUCUCUCUUCUCCAUCUCUUAACUUUGUCAUUUGGAGAAUGUUGUAUAAAUGGAAUCAUUCAUUCUGUGACCUUUUGAGAUUUGUGUGUGUGAAGAGUUCAUUCCUUUUUGUUGCUGAGUAGUAUUCCGUGGUCUGGAGGGCCUGCACUGUGUUUAACCAACCAUUCACCUAUUGAAGGGCAUUUUGGUUCUUUGCAGUUUGGGGCUAUUUAAAAUAAAGCUACUGUGAACAUU